GUUGCGGAGGACAUGACCUUCAAUGAUUUGGAAGCUGCCUGCGACGGAGAUUUUUUUGCUGCUCGCUUUCAGCCUGAUGGUGUGAACGAGGAUCCAGUUGCGCGCAUUGCUGUGGAGAGCCCAGAUUUUUUGACAAGCCAAGGUAAGGAACUCUAUGGUUUGUUCAAGGCCAACAAGAAGACUUUCCCACCCGACUUUCAGGAGGAGGUCAAGAAGGAACAGGCCGCAGAGGAGGACAAGGUUCAAAAACAUAGCAUCCCCUUCGUCAAAAUGGAAAUGCAAGAGUACCAGGAGCGCAUGCCUGCUUGGCUCGGGAAACACGCAAUGAUCCAGUGGAUGUGGACCAAGAUCGCUGCACAUGUGAAAAGGGAACGCCUUGUCUUCCAGUCCCUCUGCUCGCACAGUGCCGUCAUUGAUCUCAGCAGCCCUACCCCUUCUCCCAAAGGAAGAAGAUGUCAUCAGCAGCACUGGCAGUUAAUUAAUCCUGACAAUUCUGAGCUUGGCUUUUCUUCUGACCAUGAAGAGACCUUCAAUGGUCGAACUUUGGAAGAGGAUCUGGAGCAGAUGAUGGAGGAGGAAGGCUUCACUUUCCACGCAGCCAUCCUCCUGUGUGCUGUAGCUGGUGUGCCUGUAGCAUCAGUGCCAUCCAUUCUGGAUAUGGAUGACAAGGCAGUGUUCCGCAUCUAUGCCAACUUGGAGGUGGCCCGUGCACGCCAUAUGGAGAUGAAGGAAAAGAACAUCAUCUAUGACAAGGCACAGAAGUGGUGUGAUGUCGAAGCAGACGAAGUGAUGGAGUUUACCGCAAAGCUGUGCUGUCAUUUGCUGGCUUCAGAUAGAGAGCAUCGGGAAGAAAUGCUGGCGAAGGCCAGUGAUGGGCUGGCGUCCUCCUUACUGUAUGCCAGACGACUCAUCUGCAUUUUGGGAGCUGGCCGAAAUGCAGAUGGAGUUUCCCGGGAAGCUGUGCUGUCAUUUGCUGGCUUCAGGUCGGGCAUGCAGUCUCUGGUGCCCGUAAACUUGAGAACAUUUGACCAGAGAUGCCUGGAAAAGGCUCGUGUUGGUUCAGCCUUGUCUGCGCAGUGGCUUCCUGGAUCUCGCGCGCAGCUCGCCGCUGCGGAAGCUUUGAGCUCAAGUGCGCAACUGCAUGACAAGCAGGAGCAGCAAACGGAUCAAGAAAUUGCAGCUUGCCAGGCCGGCUGGCAGACGUGCAAAGAUGCAAAGGCGAAGCAGAUCGACAAAGAAUUGGCAGUGGUUCGCUUCCAGAGUUCCUUGCUGACCGCAGGACUUGCAGCGACAGAGAGAUUGCGCAAAGAGAAUGCUCGGAAGCUGACGUCCACAGGCUGUGAGGCUACCUUGCCUCCAGUGACAGCGCAGCAGGACAACAUG